AACGGCCCAACGGUGGGCRAGGAGUCAACGAUGAUCAACGACGCAACCGUGGGCAGUGACCCAAGGAGGGUCCGUGGCCCAACCGUGGGCAAUGACCCAACGAUGAUCAAUGAGCCAAUAAUGAGCAAUGAUCCAAUGAUGAGCAAUGAUCCAAUGAUGGGCAAUGAUCCAAUGAUGGGCAAUGAUCCAAUGAUGAUCAAUGAUCCAAUGAUGGGCAAUGACCCAAGGAGGUUCCAUGACCCAACAAUGGUCAAUGAUCCUAUAACAGUCCACGACCCAACGAUGAUCAAUGAUCCAGUGAUGGGCAAUGAUCCAAUGAUGGGCAAUGACCCAAGGAGGGUCCGUGACCCAACCAUGGUUAAUGACCCAACGACGAUCAAUGACCCAAGGAGGUUCCAUGACCCUACCGUGGUCAAUGACCCAAUGAUGAUCAAUGACCCAAUGAUGAUCAAUGAUCCAAUGAUGAUCAAUGAUUCAAUGAUGAUCAAUGACCCAAUGAUGAUCAAUGAUCCAAGGAGGUUCCAUGACCCAACCACGGUCAAUGAUCCAACCAUGGUCAAUGACCCAACGACGAUCAAUGAUCCAAGGAGGGUCCAUGGCCCAACCAUGGUCAAUGACCCAAUGAUGAUCAAUGACCCAAUGAUGGUCAAUGACCCAAGGAGGUUCCAUGACCCAACAAUGGUCAAUGAUCCUAUAACAGUCCACGACCCAACGAUGAUCAAUGAUCCAAGGAGGUUUCAUGACCCAACACUGGUCAAUGAUCCUAUGAUGAUCAAUGACCCAAUGACG